UUUAUACGUUUCACGUAAAUUGCAACGCAGCUAGCUGAUUUACGUAUUUCAUUGUAAGUUCGUCACAUGUGUGUAUUAGAAUGUGUUUUUAUAUACUUUUCUCUUGAGCGAGUUAUUAUAGCUGAUAAAUUACGUCUGUAGCUCGACGCUAGCUAUACAUGCUAACAAGUUACCAGGAAGUGAUCACUGCCAGAGAGCGAAUCCUAAAAUGUUAAGGCAGGACUCCAACGAGGAUGAGGUGUCGCUGUUUGACGCCGAUGACGAUGCAACUCGAAAACCGAGGAAAUCGAAAAUCAAGCACCCGCUGGCCUGCUUUUUCCACCUGUUCUUCCGGGUCAGCGCCAUCCUGGUGUAUCUGCUGUGUGAGGUUCUGAGCAGCAGCUUCAUCGCCUGCAUGGUCACCAUCAUCCUCCUCCUCUCCUCUGACUUCUGGACCGUUAAGAACAUUACUGGCCGGCUGAUGGUGGGCUUGCGCUGGUGGAAUCAGGUGGACGAUGACGGCAAGAGCAAAUGGAUGUUCGAGUCCCGAAAGGGCAGCGGGAAGAGCCCGCCCUCGGACGCAGAGUCUCGGGUCUUCUGGCUGGGCCUGGUGGUGUGCCCCGUCAUCUGGGUCAUCUUCGCCUUCAGCACCCUCUUCUCCUUCAAGAUCAAGUGGCUGGCGGUGGUGAUCAUGGGGGUGGUGCUGCAGGGGGCUAAUCUCUAUGGUUACGUACGCUGCAAAGUGGGGGCCAGAACCAGCCUGCGGAACGUUGCCACCAGCUACCUCGGCCGACAGUUCUUUAAACAGGCCAUGGCUAAACCAGAAGAGUCCUAAGAAGACCUUUCAGGAGCUGCAUUAAUGUCUGCAUUAAUUCUAAUGCUAAAAAUUAUACUCCCUUUCUUACAAAACUCAUUUUGUAAAAGGAGAAACUCCUUUUUUCUGUAACCUUAAUUACAUGUAUGAAAGAUGACUGGACAUGCGGUUAUGGUUGGUUUGCCAGGAUACAGUUUUGUUUUUGAUUGUGUGAUGUUAUUUUAAUGGGAUUGGGAAGCCUGGGAGCUUCCGCAGUGAUGAGGCCUGUGGAGGCGAGCAGCAUCUAAGACGCAAGUACUUAUGAUUUAAAGAAUGCUGAAUUCUGGCCGGCCUAACUAUUAGGGCCAGGACUCAUGCAAACUCCACAGGUUUGCUAUAAUUCUGUAUUUACACGUACACUCCUGGGUUUCCUGAUUUUAGUUUUGAUUUGAAUUCAUCUUAUGUUAGCAUAUUUAUGUUCUCCUAUUUGAGUAUAUGGCAGAAAUAGUUUUCAGAUCACCACAUAAUUGAUGUAUUUGUACAUUUCUGGUGGUGCAUUGCAAUAAAAAGAGCUUUGUACAGAUUUAUUUA